AUGUCACCUUGUGAGUUUGCAGGCAUGUUUCAUAUUGUUUCAUUUGUGGAGACUAAUGAGGUGGAAGUGGUGCCUAGUAGCUGGGUACAUGAUGAGCAGUGCGUCUGGCCAAAUCUGAAAGGAGAGAGCCUCACGAAGGCAGUGAAACUGGCAAUGAAACCCAGAAAAGACUGGAAAAAAUUUAGAGUUAAGCUUCUCUACACAACAGACAACUAUGAAGAUGCCAGAAAGAAACUCCCUGAAGCAGAAGUCUUCUCGGAUAUUCAGUCUGACGCAGAAGGUGGUGUUAAAAAACCUAGACGAAUAAUGAAAAGCUUUAGGCUUCAAAACUUUGAAGUCUUUAAUUAUAGUGAUGAUGAUGAUGAUGAUGAUUAUGGGCAAAAUUUGAGAGCUCUGGAACCACCACCUCAUGUGCAGCCGCCAACAUUUCAGUCAGUUAGUCCCCUUUGCCAGCCAGCUAGUCAGCCACCAGCCAGCCAACCAGAAGGCAGCAAACCUUCAUUCUACAAUCCAGCUAGUCAGCCACCACUGACUCACCAACCAUCACUUUACCAGGCAGCUAGUCAGCUACCAUCCAACCGACCAGUAAGCGAUGAAACUUCACUCAACAAGCCGGCUGGUCGUCCAUCACUGACUCACCAACCAUCACUGACUCAUCAGCCAUCACACUAUCAGCCAGCUAGUCAGCCUUCACUGACUCACCAGCCAUCACUCUACGAGCCAGCUAGUCAUCCACCACUGACUCACCAACCAUCACUGACUCAUCAGCCAUCCCACUAUCAGCUAGCUAGUCAGCCACCAGUGAUUCUGCAGUCUUCUCUCUUUCAGUCAGCAAUACAGCCAAGUUCAGAUAACUCACCAACAUUGUGCGUGUCCCAAAGUCACUCCAAAGAACCAGCAGACUCAGAAUCUGUUUUCAGGAGGAACCAACAAUUUCAAAGUAUGUUAUACAACUGUGCCACUUUAAAGUUAAAAAACGAUGGGGCCCAAUUCAGGCAUCGUCUUCCUGUAAAAGAUAUGGAGUCUCUCCUGUGCCUGGAGGCCGAGCUGAAGAACCUAGAUACUAAAUCAGAAUUGCUACCCUUUGUAUGUAGGGCCAGGAAUACCACAAACUAA